AGUUGACAACAAAUACAUUUUUACGACAGAAGUGAGGUUUUUGUGACGAGAAAUCCAUGAAAGAAAUAAGUUUAAUUUUAAAUCCUUGAGUGGAGUGAGCAAAAUAAUCAUUUUAGUGGAUAGGUUUUGAGUGAAAUUAUGAAGAGGCGAAAUGUUGAGAUCGCUAAAAUGAGAAGGCCCGUGAAAAAGAACAAAAUUACUGAAGGAUUUUACGGAAGCACACUUCUGUAUUUGAAAUUUGUGAUUCUGUGGGCCUUAGUAAUAAUGGCGGACUUCAUAUUGGAAUUCCGUUUUGAAUUCUUGUGGCCAUUCUACUUACUCCUCCGUUCAGUGUACGACUCAUUCAAAUAUCAAGGCUUGGCCUUUUCGAUAUUUUUUGUGUGUGUAGCGCUAACUUCAGACAUGUUGUGCUACUUUUUCAUACCUGUGCACUGGUUGUUCUUUCUGGCAAGUACUUAUGUGUGGGUACAGUAUGUCUGGCACACGGAUAAAGGCAUAUGUGCUCCCACAAUUGUCCUCUGGGUAUUAUUUGUUUAUCUGGAGGCGGCUGUGAGACUUCGGGAUAUCAAGCAUAUGCCAGGCCAUUUGGAUCUCUGUAGGCCUUUCGCGGCACAUUGUAUAGGUUACCCUGUGGUAACUUUGGGCUUCGCGUUCAAAUCAUACGUGGGGUAUAGGAUGCGCCAGCGGAAGCAGCAAGUGGUGGCGAAAGAGAAUCAGUUUUAUAUGCAACUGAUGCAGCAGGCGCUGCCAGUAGAGACAUGCGCGAAUGCGCAAGAACAAAUAGAACCACCGCCAAAUGCUGUUGUACCUGUUCAGCCAGUACUGAAUAAUAAUAAACUACAAAAUAGUAGCAAAUCUCAUGAGAAAAAUGGUCACAUACCUAACGGGGCCAUAGCCAAUGGAGUACAUAAUACACACACUACAAAAUCACAUCACAGAAAAUCGGUAGAGAAAUGUAAAGAUCAAGAUCAACACGGGAAUGAUCACACUAGUAAACAUUCGGAUCGACAUAUAGAUCGACAAAAAGUUAAUCACGCGCACAGCAAUGGUUCGUUGGUGAAUUCAUCAAUCGAGGAAGGAAGCAGUCAGGAAUCGGAGACGAGACCGACGCGAAGAAGAGAGAAAAGAGAACAAGACAAAGACAGAGAGGCAACAGAAUACCUUCAGAGGUUAGAGACUGAUGUCAAAAAGUUAAGAUCUGAUUUGCACACAAGCAGAGCCAGCGAACAAGAGUUAAGGCUACAGGUUGCGUCGCUGACAACUUCCGAAAAAGUUUCAAAAGGCGAAAUUUCCUCGUUACAAAGAGACGUAGAAGACGUGCAGCAGAGGUUGCAGAGCGCCUUAAGUACAAAAUCUUCCGACAAACAAACAAUUAGUAAUUUAGAAAGACGGCUGGCCGAAGAAAGGCGGCUUCGAUCAAAUCUCGAGUCACAACUUAAUCAAGAAAGAAAAAGUCGAAAGCAAGAGGAAGCCAGAGCUGCGCAGGUUGCGGCUCAACAGUCAUCUCGAGGCGAAUGCACGGAAACGUGCAAGGUUCGUCGUCGCGAGUUGGAGUCGGAGAUAUCAGAACUUCGAGCUUCCAAACAUUGGCAGGAGGAUCGUUUACAAGCCCUCGAAAGGGAAAACGCCUCGUUCAGUGAGCAAGUACGUGACACAGAAUUGCUCAUGUCGGCAUUAUCCGCAUUGCAAGAGAAAAAUUCACAUUUGGAAAACUCUCUCUCGGCAGAGAAUCGAAUAAAGUUGGAUUUAUUCAGCGCUUUGGGAGAGGCCAAAAGGCAGCUCGAAAUCAGAGAAAGCGCGAAUCGAGCACAAGAAAAAGAAAUCGAAGAGCUGAAAAGCAAGAUAGCGCAAGUAUUGGCUGUGAUGCCGACCGAUUCAUUUGGUUCACCGGCGCCAGGUGGCAACAUGUCCAGAGUACGCCUGGCCGAGAGCCCCCCUUCGAACCUCGACCCGAAUGCGACGGCCUAUACACCUAAGAGUUCCCUCGUCGCUUCAACAGAAGCCUAGUUUCCCCCCCGCCCGUUGGUCACCCCGAUUCUAAUUUUAAACCCCGUUAGUUGUAGACCUAGAGCAGAAAAUGGGUAUGUGUGUGUACAGGAUUAUGACAGACAAUGGGUAAUUUAUUUUAAUACAUUUGUUAUUAUUAUUACUGAUCAAAUAAUAACUUGUUAUGAGUUGUAGCUCGUACGAAUAUACGAGCAUUUUUUUUUUAAAUU